AUGGCUUCUUCAAAAGCUAAAGAGUCUGCUGUCCAAAAAUGGAUCGAUUCUGCCACCGGCUUACCCAACUUUUCGCGCCAUACAACCGCAAACCUCGAGACGCGAACUAUUGCAGGAGCAGAGCUCUACUACGAGGGCUUCUACGGCUCAAUUGUGGCGCGGCGAAGGCGCUUGGCGUACCCUACAAGCGCCUCUAUUAUCGAGUCAAUGGGCAUCACUCAACGGCCGAGAAUGGGGGCAACCGUGCCCUGCUUGAUCCCUCGGAUGAAGAGGAGGUAUUUUGCUGGGCACAUCGCCGCAUCACACAGGGGCACCACAUCCAGGGUCGUGCGCUCCAACAACACGCCAACGCCAUUCUCAAGGCAAAGGGCGUGGGAGCUACAGCAUCGCGAGCCUGGGCCAAGCGCUUUAUACAGCGGCAUAGAGAACUCUUCCACUGUCGAAGAGCAGCAGCGCGAGACAUCAAACGGAAGGCUAUGCAAGAUCGCAUCCACGUUGAGGCUUUUUCGCGGCUGGUCUCAAACGAUCGAGAAAGACGAGAUUCUCCCUAAGAACACCUGGAAUUUCGACGAGACGGGCUUCAUGGUGGGAUAUCUACAUAAAGGCACAUUUAUUUGGACCUUCCGCGAGAUUGAUACCCCUAUUUUAUCUGACGCUCACGAUACAGUGUCGGUCACAGCGAUUGAGGCUAUUUCUGCAGCUGGGAGUUGCAUUCCUUCGUUUGUGAUACUCCCUGGGGUUCAAAUUCCUGCCCGUUGGGUUAGCAACAGCCUUGACGACGAUACCAUCAUUUCAACCAGCCAAAAGGGGUAUAUUAACGAUUUGAUCCACUUCAGAAGCGGCUUCUACUUGGAUAGCUGUGAUAAUCACUAUACAGAAGAGAUGGUUCACUUCUGCUUCGAUCACAACAUUAAGGUCUUCCCAAUGCCUCCCCAUCUUACACAUCAGCUUCAACCUCUUGAUGUCGGCGUUUUUAGGUCAUACAAACACUGGCAUCAACAAGUUCUACAUCGUGAGAUUGCUGACGGGGCAUAUGACUUUAACAAGUCCGAUUUUCUAUAUCAUCUUCAAGAGGUCCGCACUCGCACCUUCAAAAAGCACACAAUUCUCUCAUCUUGGCAGAAAUGUGGCCUCUUCCCAUUCAAUCCCGAGAUCGUGCUUUCUCAGCUUCAAGACACGCUCUCGUCGCUCACAGAAGAAGUGGCUAUUAAGGACCUGCCGGGCUCGAUCGAAAGCGAGCCUCAGGGCGGGCCUCAGGCAGCAAGACCAUCAACACCAUCGCCACCGCCGCCCUCGAUUCAACGAUUCAACUGGAACAAUGUUUCAACGCCGAGACUCAACCUCUUUACGAUUCAGAGGUAUCACGCCUACAAGGCGCGGAAAGCCGACAAAACCCUCGCUCUCAACGGCAUCACCGCAACGGCCGAGAUGACGAAGAUAAAAGAGAAACAAGCCAAGCGCUCCAGUCUCCAGCAACAGACAACUAUUGUAGCGAGAUACGGCCCAUUAAGCGUCGGUGACGCUAGAAUUCGAGUCGCCCGAGACGAAUACAAUAGACAAGCGGCACAAGAAGAGGAGGCACAGAGAGUCAGGAAUAAGGAGGUUCGCGACGAAGCUGGCUAUAUACGCCGCUGGCUUCGCAAGGUACGCUUCAACGUCAGGAUUAGCAUCACAGAGGCGAGGGAGGAUUCGAGAUAUCAGAGCUACAGGAUUCUCCGCGAGCUACACAACCGCGGCGUAGGGCAAAGCAAGGCGAUCAUGUGGCCGGAGUACUAUGAUCGCGAGAUUGUAAAGGAAGCAGCCGAAUUAGUGGUGAUGGAGGCAAAUAAGCGUGCUAUUUGCCGUCAGACGCUUUCCUUGGAAGCUGACGGCAUCGAGAUGCGAUGA